UCUAUUGGUCUAGAAAUUGCAUUUCUUUGUAAGUAAGAAGACAGCCACGAUUUCCUUUGACUUGCUUGUAUUUUUUCUUGAAUUCAUAUUCUUUUAAUUGUAUGAACUGUUUGAUGCAUAAUUCCGCUCGUCGCUACUCCCAGGUCAUGGAAGGCCACUAUCGAGUCUAUCACGUCCAAAGAACCAUCUUUCCCAGCUCACAUAAUAAUUAUAUUCUUCACCCAACUGGCUGUGACUGUGAACCUUGCACCUUCCUCCUGCUUUCUCCUAGCUUUUCCAUGCACCCACGUUCCUUAGCUUUGGCUCCCAUAAACACAACGUCUCCGAUGUUAGGCAUAUAACUGUAGCCUCAAGUUUUUAGACUGAUCAUCAAAUUGAUUAACCAAGACCCUCCAGAUCGAAGUUAUGACGAUGAGUGCUAUUGCUAAAUCAUUAGCUUCGUUGCUGCUUAUUACAUGCAGUUUGAGUUUGCUGUUCAUAUCUGUCUCUGCUGAUUCUUUCUACCAGAACUUUUACGUGACAUGGGGUGGUCAACGUCCUCGAGUUCUUCAAGAUGGAGACCUUCUUACCCUUUCGCUCGACAGCGUCUCCGGCUCAGGCUUUCAGUCCAUUAACGAGUACCUUUUUGCCGAAAUCGAUAUGCAGAUCAAGCUGGUGCCUGGAAAUUCUGCUGGCACCGUCACUUCAUUCUACUUGUCAUCCCAAGGGCAAUUCCAUGACGAGAUAGACUUUGAAUUCUUGGGGAACCUAAGUGGCGAUCCAUACACACUUCACACCAAUGUCUUCUGCCAAGGAAAAGGAAACAGAGAGCAACAGUUCUACCUUUGGUUUGAUCCCACUGCAGAUUUUCACAACUACACCAUCCUCUGGAAUCCUCAACUCAUCCUGUUUUUGGUGGAUGGAAUCCCAAUUAGGGAGUUCAAGAUCUUGGAGUCAAAUGGGAUCCCAUACCCAAAAGGCCAAGCAAUGAGGGUGUACUCUAGUCUGUGGAAUGCUGAUGAUUGGGCAACAAGAGGGGGACUUGUGAAAACAGACUGGAGCCAAGCACCCUUCACGGCUUCCUACAAGGGAUUCAGAGCCAGUGGGUGUGUUUGGCUCUCUGGGAAUUCUAAUUGCAGCGACGUCAACAGUACUUGGCUCUGGCAGCAACAGCUUGAUUAUGCAGGUCAGGGCCAAAUGCAAUGGGUUCGGAGUAAUUACAUGACUUACAAUUAUUGCACUGACUUUGAACGUUUCCCUCAAGGCUUCCCUCCAGAAUGCUAUCUCUCCCUUGACAACUAGAUCUUUAAGAAAACAACCGUUAUUCCAUCUGAAUUGCUUGUGUCCCUGCUUUGGUUCUUGUUCUUAAAUUCUUUGUCACUUGCUUUCUCGUCCUGGUACGAAUAAUGUCCUGUAUUUUUAAUGAUUCUAUUUCGCAGUUUUUUCAUUUCUCCUUUCGGGGCCUUUAAUUAUUCUUUCAUCUUGAGUUGAACCAAUCCUGUAUGUUCAAACAAAAAUUCAAACAUCAAAAAAAAAAAAAAGAGAGACCAUUGGGAUGUUUUGGAUAGGAUACGGCGUUGUCCAAUCAACAUUCCACCUUUUAUCUGACUCCAAUUCUGCCAUGUACAGUGUACUGCAUGAUACUUUUUGUAUCUUGAAUGCGGGAAUGAAAUGAAAUUAAUUUU